UCGUCAUCAAAGAAUGCAGGAGCCAUAAAAUGGAAGGCUACCAUGCAUCCUGUUAAAGAAUAUGUCGCAAAAUUAUGCAUGAUUUAAUGUCGACAAAGAUUCCUCGGGGCUUGUCAUUUCGAUCAUAGUGACAAUGGAGCCACCGACAAAGAAAAGGCGACGGGGCGCUUCAGCUCAAAAAGAGGUUCAAGAUGAAAGUGACGAUGACGAACUUGCCUCACAUCCCCAAGAGAUCAGGAUGCGCCGAGACCCUGAUAUUCAGCUUGCACUCAAGCGGGCGAAUGCUGACCAUAAACUGCAAGCCACAAUGGCUCAUAUUAUCGAAAAAUACAGCCGGGACUUUGAGGGCAUUGGCGACGAAAUCGACAUGAACACUGGAGAAAUUGUCGUUAACAACGGUCAUUUGCGUAAUAUGCGUGAUGAGGGAGAUGUUGAAGGACUAUGGAUGGAGGGCGACAGUAAUAUCGACGAAGAUGAAGGAGUUCUGCUGGAGGACCUUACGGAUGGAUAUUCCGAUAGCGAAGAACCAGUCAAAGGAGUACAGCAUUCUCAGAGCGACAAUCAGAACAACCAAGAACCAACGUUUGCAGAAAAAGGCGCGCCAACGAGCCAAAGGACUCACAGCGAAGUCGUCUGGGAAGCACUACAAACUGAUAUGGAUACGGCCAUGGAUCCCUCACAAAUUUCUGACGCCAUGUUGCAUGCCAGCGAAUCUCACUUUGGUCCUCCAUCCUAUGGACCAGGUUCGUCAGUUGGAUUCGGACCAACUCCAGGAUUUGGGCCCUGGGGAAGAAUGCACGGGUUUCCCAUGCAAGCCUGGGGUCGGGACGAUAUUCCUCCAUAUUUUAACAUGCCGCCGAGUAUGCCAGGACCUUGGUUUAGCGGAGGCAGAUACGACUUCCCUACUCAUAGCGGACAGACAUCGAUUUGGAGUCGUAACCGGGCCAAGAGGACAAAGCGGGCCGGCUCUAUGAAAGCAUCUUCCAAGCAGGCGACGAGCAGACACCCUAGCAGCUCUCGUACGGAAGAGGAGGCACUUGCAGAUGACCAUCACAAAUCCAUGUCUGAGGAACAGCCACGCGAUAAUCAGGAAGAUCUGGCCCCUGAUAGAACCAUAAAUGAUACUGACGACGACGAUGAUUUGAUGUUCUCUGAGACUACUGAGGUAGCGUCGACCCCUGAGGCGAGUCUUGUCCUCCCAACAAAAGAAACAUCACCUGCGAAAGGCGAGGUUCAUCGACACUCACAAGGGGCACUGGAAGAAACCAAUGGAAAUGCUGUGAAAGUGCCUCAGAAGAACGACGAAGAAGACGAUUCUGGUCGGAGACGGUCUGGCCGAGCGAGGAAACAAACUGAGUAUAUGGGCAAGAUCUCAUGGGACGACGCCAAAGAAUGGCAGAAAUCAGGGCAGAGGUUAAGCGUGGAGCUAUACAAGGCUGAUCCAGUUAUUCACAAAGACUUCGAAAGCGUCGAUCAUAUUGGCGACGAGAGUGCCUCGUCUUCGGAGGAGCUUCACGACAAUGCGUUGCCAACAAAAGCACUCGAAAGGGGGGCGACCUCCCAAAGGCAGGUUGUACCAGAUUCACAGGACACCGCGACUCCUUUCAACAGCAGUGCUCCUGAGGCACCGGAGCGCAAGACGGGCAACGGCAGACACUAUGCUUCUGAUGUACCUACCGUUCCUAGCAUGGAGCUUUCAGACGACGAAGCUCCUCUUGUUCUUUCAAGGAUCAGAGCACCAAAACGCCAGGUAGAAAACCGAAAACCUCCACCGCCACUCAUGCCAACGCAGGAUCGAAUUCGAAGCGCUCAGCCCAUUGUCUAUGUUGCGAGUAGUUCACCAAAACCCAACCAACGAGCAGCACCCAUAGUUGAGCCUACGGUUGGGGGUAUGCAGGGCCAGACUAUAGAGCCUCUCAAGCGCAAGCGGGGAAGACCCAAAGGCUCAACACGCAAGGCUCAAAAUAAUAAUACUGUUUCCAGUACGAAGGUCAUAACAAGGGGCCCCAUGGUGCCUCAACAGCAUGAUGCUGGAGCGCCAAAGAAGUCGAAUCCUGCGAAUCCCGAUAUUGAAGUUGGGGCCAAAGAUCACUCGACCUAUGCUACGAGGAGCCAUGGUUGUCCCGAUCGCGGUGAAGAAACCUUACAAAAAUCGGAUCAUGAUGAUACAGAGACUGAAGAACGUACAGUAACACAUCAUCUUAGGAGCGAACCCAAGAGCCCAGCGUCUUAUAGAUCACAAGCUAGAACUUCAGAUGAGACCAUCAAGCUUCGGCGGUCCUGGGAAAAGCUCCAAAAGUCCAAUAACAGCACAGACGAGUCAACAGAACUCAAUGAGGGUAUUUCAGAUGACCAGGAGGAACAGCCGGUGUCUCUGACGCCAUCCGGGCUGUUGCAGGAACCAAAUACAAUUCUGGAGGGGCCUAUGGAAGCACCAGAGACCUUUAUAAUCAUCGGAGACGAGCAGUCAUCUACCGCUAGUCCUUCCUCGCCCGUCCAUGUUGAAGAACCUCCCAACUAUAGCGAUCCCCCUGACGAGAGUAGGUCUCGUCUUAACGACAACUCCUUUGAUUAUGCGCCUCCUCAAGACGAAGCUGUACAUGAUGACGAAUCUCUCCCCGAAUUGCCUCGAGAUACCAUGGUUCAUGGGGCAUCGACACCACGGAAGCCGAAAGAUACCAGGACUCUCCUUACAGAACCUCCUUCAAGCUCUCACAAACCACACACCCCUCGUCAUGCUUCCAUUCGUACUACUCGUGCACCAUCAUCACGCCGAUCCCUCCUCUCAUUUGUGUCGGAUUCGGAAUCAGACACCGGCGAGUCUCGGGAUGAGUUAGCGCGCAGAGUCAAAUCAACAUCAAAGACAGCAAGCGUCCGUCCUUCAACAAAGAGGAUUUGGCGAGCGAGUGCCCUAACCAGAGAAAUCCAACGGACCCCCAGUAGAAAGCGUUUCCAUGAGAUGUCCAGUCCUACCAACACUGUUAAGACACCGGGGGGCACGUUACGAACCUGUGGUAUAGAUGGUUAUCAAUGUGGCCGAGACUUUUGCUUCACUUGUAUAUGAAUGGCCGUUCUGAUCUCACAGAUUACUUUUAGUAGAGAAGACCAUAGAAAAUAAAGCCUUGUGGGAAUCAACAUACAACAAGCAAACAUAGCGCUGUGGUUUUAUUUGAUGCUUAACGCUACUCGAGAAAAACUGACCCAAAAGCAUGAAAACCUC